AGACGACAGCAAUAUCCUGAGUUAAUACGCUUCACAGCCUUAUCAUUUGCAUAUGCAAACUACUCACUUCCUUUCCUGCCUGAUACAGGGGCUGAAAUCAUCAGUGAGCCUCGUGCAGCUUCUGCUUUCUACCGCAGCCACAGGACUGUCAUCUUCAGCAUGUUUCCUCUGGGGAUGCUUGUGCUGACUCUCCUCAGCGAAGUCCAAGCGGGGAGAAUCAUUGGGGGUCAUGAAGCCGUGCCACACAGCAGGCCCUACAUGGUUCUGUUGGGGAUGUACAAGUUCGAUGGUGAAAAAUCAUGGUGCGGUGGAUUUCUCCUGAGUGAAGAUUUUGUGAUGACCGCAGCUCACUGCCAAGCCAAGUCCUACAAGGUCUUCUUAGGACUUCACAAUUGGCACAAAUUGAAUGAUGAGGUGCAGCAAAUACCUGUGGAACAAGAAUUUCCACAUAAAGACUACAAUCCAGAUGGAUACGUGCAUGAUGUAAUGCUUUUAAAGUUGGGCACCAAGGCAAAGAUCAACGACCACGUGAGGACUAUUGCUCUGGCCAACGGAGACGAUGGCUCUCUGCCCAAAUCUUGCAUCGUCUCCGGCUGGGGGCGGAUGGAAUGGGCAAACCAAAUGAUGUCUCCCAAACUCUUGGAAAUCAAUGUAACUUUGAUCGACGACGAGAACUGUGCAAAGGAAAACUCCUACUGCUCCACUGGAAUGACCGGGCCGGGUCAGGGGGACUCGGGAGGCCCGUUGGUAUGUGAAGGUGUGAAGGCCUACGGAGUGGUGUCCUCCAUGUUCGAGCCGCGAUCAGACGGCAUGCCGCUUUAUAAGUUUGCCAAGAUCUCUGACUACAAAGACUGGAUCAUCUCAACCAUGAAAGCGGCUUUUAUGUAGAUUUGUAUGAAGGAACGUUUUACACUUUGUAUAACAUUAGACAAUGUUCAGAGUCAGCUUGUGUCAGCUGCCAGGCUUAUUCUAUGCUUUUUGCAGUGACAAAAAUAUACAAAUGUCAUCAUAUGAAAGUUGAUUCCUUUGAAUGUUUUGAUGUUUUUCUCCUAACUUUGUGUGACAUAUAAGUUCUUAACCAGUUAACCACUAGCUUCAUAUUUUAUACACGCCACUGCUGAAUGCUUGGCUUGAACAAGCCACUGGUUGCACACCAUUUACGUAUCUUAUAUCUUAUCUCAAUGCCUACCAAGAUUACUUUAUUCCUUGUCAUACUGAUUCACAAUCCAUUGCCAAUUUUCUUUUUUAAAUAAACUUGUGCAUUCCCUAAA